AUGGCAAACGCAGCUCAAGAACUCCACCCAUCCACCACCGCUGUGGAGAAGGACGACCUGGUGAUACCGAUUAUUGAUUUCGGUCCAUUCUUCUCCGGAACACCAUCCGAUAAGCAUGCCGUCGCACUCUCUAUUACCGAUGCAUUCAAGACAUCCGGGUUUCUAUACCUAAAAGCACAUGGCAUCCCACCCUCCGUAGUGUCCCGUGUGUUCGCCUCCUCAGCUAGCUUCUUCGGAAGACCCCAGAGUCAGAAGGACAGCUUAGGUUGGACGACCCCACGGUCGAACCGUGGUUAUGUGGCUGUCGGGCGGGAGAAGCUAGCUACUCUCGACGAGACGGAAGAGAUCGACACUCGGCGGGGCUCUAUACCCGAUCUCAAAGAGACCAUGGAAAUUGGCCGCGAGGGCAUCGAUGGCCUGCCAAACCAAUGGCCAGAUCAUAUCGAUGACGAAGGCAAGGAUUUCAAAGAGACCAUGCUCUCAUUUUUUGAGUUGUGCAAGAACUUGCACCGACAAAUUAUGAGCGCAAUCGCCCUGGGCAUGAAUCUGCCGGAGCACUUUUUUGACGAAUUCGUGAAUGAAGGAGACAACAACCUGCGUCUGCUACACUACCCUCCUGUACGAAAACAAGCCUUCCAAAAUAACCCGAAUCAGGUUCGUGCCGGGGAACACAGUGACUAUGGGUCCAUUACGUUGCUUUUCCAAGAUCAGCACGGCGGGCUGCAGGUGCGCACCCCCAAAGGAACGUUCGUGGAUGCGACACCUAUCGCCGACACUAUUGUUGUCAAUGCUGGAGACCUGCUGGCGCGUUGGUCCAACGACACCAUUAAAAGUACUCGUCACCGAGUCAUCGAGCCUCCCAGGCCAGCGGGCCAGGACUCUGAGAAUGACCCAUCGGAAACAUACCCGGCACGAUACAGUAUCGCAUACUUCUGCAAUCCCAAUAACAACAAGGUGAUCGAGGCGCUGCCGGGGACUUGGGGAGAUGAUAUCCAGGUGACCAAGAAAUACGCGGAGAUCACCGCUGGAGACUACUUGGUUCAACGCUUGACUGCAACCAUUUGA